UGGCGGAAGGGGAAGUGGGGGGGGGCCGGCGGCGGCGGGGAAAAUGGCGUACCAGAGCCUCCGGUUGGAGUACCUGCAGAUCCCACCGGUCAGCCGCGCCUACACCACCGCCUGCGUCCUCACCACCGCCGCUGUGCAGUUGGAAUUGAUCACACCUUUUCAGUUGUACUUCAAUCCCGAAUUAAUCUUUAAACACUUUCAAAUAUGGAGGCUAAUCACCAAUUUCUUAUUUUUUGGGCCAGUUGGAUUCAAUUUUUUAUUUAACAUGAUUUUUCUAUAUCGUUACUGUCGAAUGCUAGAAGAAGGCUCUUUCCGAGGUCGGACAGCAGACUUUGUAUUUAUGUUCCUUUUUGGUGGAUUCUUAAUGACUCUUUUCGGUUUGUUUGUGAGCUUAGUUUUCUUGGGCCAGGCCUUUACAAUAAUGCUUGUCUACGUGUGGAGCCGAAGGAACCCGUAUGUCCGCAUGAACUUCUUCGGCCUUCUCAAUUUCCAGGCCCCCUUUCUACCCUGGGUGCUCAUGGGCUUUUCCUUGUUGUUGGGGAACUCAAUCAUUGUGGACCUCUUGGGUAUUGCAGUUGGACACAUAUAUUUUUUCUUGGAAGAUGUAUUUCCCAAUCAACCUGGUGGAAUAAGAAUUUUGAAAACACCAUCUAUUCUGAAGGCUAUUUUUGAUACACCAGAUGAAGAUCCAAAUUACAAUCCACUACCUGAAGAGCGGCCAGGAGGCUUUGCCUGGGGUGAGGGCCAGCGCCUCGGUGGCUAAAGUGGCAGUGCCAAUAACGAGACCCAGCUGGGAAGGACUCAGUGACAUACCCAUUGGGAUUCUUUUAUCCUUUGUGUUGCAAAAGUAUGGACACUUUUGACAGCUUGACAAGAUUUUGACUCCAGAAGCACUUUAUGAAAUGACACACUGAUUAAUCCAGAAGACAUUUCCAGCAGUUUGCCAGUGGUUCCUCACUACACUGGUACUGAAAGUGUAAUCUCUUGGAGCCAAACAACUGGAGAAACAAAUACCCUGCUGCCUCUAAGGAGCAAGUACCUGAGUACUUGAGUUCUGUGGUGACGGGCAGAGUUCUUCCUCUUCCUCCUCCUCUUUGAUAGACGAGGCCAUGGUGUAAAUGGAAGUUUCAGAGAGGACAAAAUAAAACUGAAUUCCAUCUC